CUCUCUCUCUCACACACACACGCACACACACACACACACACACACACACACACACACACACACACACACACACACACACACACACACGUUUUCGUUGACUCCUCACUUCGUGCUUGUCUGACUUUCGGUGCUGUGCAGACCCUGACAUUACAAUGUCACCGACAGGCGAAGACGCUGUCCCAGCUCGAUCAUCGCUCAUUCAGGGAUCUCCGCAGGUUACCCCCGAUCCUCGCCUAAGCGUCGAUCGAUCUCCAUGUGCAGCGCGGGGGUUGUUGGGUGUUUCACUGCACAGCGGUAGUCCGGAGGUCCGUUUGGGGAAACGGCGUUGCGGUACCGUUUCGCAUGCGACUUACAGCGUCGUUGGCGCGGGCGUGACACCCAUUUCGCCUUUCGCGGGUGUGUUGGGGGCAUCUCCGCCGGGUGUGGCCAGGUUUCGUGACGCGGCCACGUUUGGAGGUGUGUACGGUGCUCCGUUGCUGCCAUCCCCACUACUGCCUAGACGGCUGGACUAUGCGGCCAGCAUUCCUUUAGCACCUGUAUGGUCACAUGCGGUGGCCCCGCCAUGUCCCGCUGGAGGCGGUUCUCUUCCAGGAGAUCGCAGAAACGCUUUGCGUUCUCCAACGGUUUCACAUCGACUAGUCAUCGACGAGGCGGCGGGUUCGUUUGCAGUGCCGCCUCAGGCUCCCUUUGUCGCUCCACAUUCCACACCUCCAUUUGACGAUGUGGAUAGCUCUACGGCACUCGGCGGCACGCCGUGUUCGGCCGGCAACAACAUCGUGCGAGUGUGUGUGCGGGACGCGUGUCGGAGACGGUUGUACGCUCUCCACGCCGCUAUGGCCGAUCUCGGUGACCAUCGCGGACCGGUCAGCGACGUUAUUGAUCGACUGCUGCAUUGGUCUUUGCCAGCCAUCCGAGCAGAGUUUGGAGACGAGGUGGGAGAUGUGAUUUCUUCUUCGUUGCCAUCUCGGGUGGAUGUGCUCGGUGCACAAACCCACAUUCUACAAGUUUAUGCGCACAGAACCGGGGGGGGGGCGGAGCGGUGGAAUGCCAAGGUCGUACGUCAGGGCAUAAAAUAUUGGGAGCUAGCCAUUGACACUGUGAUGCGCUGUGGUGAGCCAGUGACAUUGAUGGUUGUUGGUCGAUAUGACUCUGCCAGAAGCGCGCAGCAUUGCACUGUCACCGCGAUGGAGUACGAGACUCGGCUUGUUGUAGGUGUUCACACUCUCCGUCCGAAGAUUGAAGGCAAGGCAUCGAAUGCGGUUGAGGUGUCAGCCGUCGUGCAACUUUUACGAUGGAUGAUGGACAAGGGGUUGAAGAUCCGGGAGGAGGGCGGAGACGCAGAUGGUCUACACCGCGACAUCAUGUUGGUCGCCGAUCAUUGGGCUGAUGAUCAUUCGGGAUGUGUGGACGGUAGGGAGGUUCUGUGCGAGAAGGCCGGUGAGCGUGCACGAUUGCCUUUGUAUAGCCGCACGGACACGGUCUACGAGCUCGUUCUGCGUGUUCUCGAUAAACAAUGCAGCACUAACAUCACGCCAUACUACGUCGAGUUUCGACAUACAUCGGCGGUGGAGACUUUUCAGGGCACCAUCAUUAUCUAUGCGAAGAAGUCGAUGCAUUUCGAGAAGUCUUUCUGUGCACGUUUGUCGAUCACAAUGAUUCGGUGGAACAGUCACUGCUGGCGCGACCCGAUCGGGUAUGUUGCUCGCAUUGCUGCAGGCACUUCCAUACGUGCGAGACCAGGCUUCCGUCGACACUACGGUUACGAGGCGAUCGACUGUUGGGAGGACAAAUUGGCCGCAUCAGUGUUCGGCUCGGCUCAUGUUUCAGACUGGGCUCGAGAGCUUCUGCGGAAGAAGGUUUGUCCUUAUGGAGCCGGGUCAUUGCCGAGUGAUUUGUUCGUCAACGGUGGGGGCGACCCAGUGGAAGUCGUUGAUGAUGAUGCCUCAGAUUCCGACUAUGAGGCGGUGGGGGAGAACUGUGUUUUCAUCAUCGGGCACGUGGAGGACGAUGCGGUGCCUGCAUGCAAUGAUUGGGUCCAGACAUCGAGCUCCGAAUCUGAGGGUGGCGAUAUAGAGUUGUUCAGCGUUUGACUGGUUGAAUGGCUUUAUCGUUGACCUGACAUCAGUCUGGUGAUCCGAAUUUCAUUAAGCAUGG